CUAUACACAGCAAAGAGACGAUUGGCGGUGGCAGGCCUACGCCCACGCUGUCAGCUCAAGCUCAAUAUCCGAAGGGUCGCCGUAACCGUAACCCCACGCGCGUCAUCCCGGGCAACGUCAGCGGCGUGGCGUGCUGCCAUCCAGCGCCCCGCAUGCUCCCGCGCAUGAUUCCACUUCAUAAUCGCCUCUCAGUUCCUGCUCUGUGCAGCUGCGCUUUCGCUCAUUCUUACAUCCGCCAUUGCAAUACUGUAAAGCAACACCCGACCCUGUCCGAGCCUCGAGGUCUGAGCUCUCGUAUCCGGACUCCCCACGCCACACCCGCGCACCGCCAAGCGAACAAAUUCGCCAAGCAAUCAUGACAGGUCGCGGCCACGGCGGCGCUUCGGCUGAGGAGCGCGACGCGGCGGCUCAGGAGCUGGUUGGCAAGCGCUUCGAGGAGUGUGACAGCAUGGAGCGGAUCAAGGUGGGUGGCCACAUCGGCGGCUCGCGCGUCAUCGACCACACCACCGGGGAGAAGAGCCGCACCCUGGACGACGGCGCGGGCGGCGGCGGCACCAGCGGCACCAGCGACGCCGGCCGCAAGAUGAAGCAGCGCAAGCAGCAGGGGCAGGAGGGUGAGCAGGAGGAGGAGGUGCCGGAUGCUGGGCAGGAGGAGUAGGUGGAGGGGGAGAAGUAGAAGUGUGGUGUCCAGCGUGCGGUUCAGGUUGGGUUCACUUGGCGCCUGCGGAUGCCACGGCUGUGUGCGGCCGAAGACAUGGGGUUGAGUGACGACCUCUGACUACUGGUAUAGUGACGUAGAUCAAGUUCAUGUGGAUGUGGGAUUGACGCCUGUCAACGCAUGUCUGUAUCACUGUAUGACUGGUCCGAACCUCAUGUU